AAGUUAUAGCGAAAACAAAGAUGCCCUGUGGCCUCCUUCUUUUUCCUUUUCCACGCGCCUAGAAUGCAGGCAAGAUCAACAACCGGAAACAGUCAACAACUACGCCGAACGGACAACAGCCUAUCGAUUAAACGGAUAUCGCGUGUACGCCGACGAUGCCCGCGCAGUCAUCACUUUACAGCGCGCGUCUGAGGCCUCCGGGAAGCAUUUUGUGUCAUCCAGAAAGGACGUGUUGAAAGCUUUUGGCUGCCAUGAGAGCGAUGACGCAGACCUGCUUGCUUCUGAUGGCUGGUUUGUGGACGGGCGUGUUGCUGAGCAGUGACUACACAGAUUCAACGAUGGUGGGAGGCUGGACAGAGCAGAACCCGCAGGGGAGCCCCAAGUAUCUGAAGCUUGCCCACUACGCAGUCUCCACGCAAACAGAGGGCAGGACCGUGUACGACACGGUCGUCAACCUCACUAAUGUCGCCACCCAGGUUGUUGCCGGCGUAAACUACAACUUGACCUUCACUACGGCACCGACAAACUGCAGGAUCGGUCAAGUUCAAUAUUCGGCGACGCAGUGCGUUCCUGCCGGGCCGGUGAACGGGAAGUGUUCGGCGAUCGUCUACGUUGUUCCCUGGAUGAACACUACCCAAGUGACCAGCUACACGUGCUCCAGCGCAACAAAUUGAAGCCCACAAUGUCAACAUCAUUUCCCUAGCAACCUACACGUAGCAAGCCCAAAGUUAAGUAGCAUGCUAGCCAAAUUGGAACAAAUUAGAGAAUUGAACAAACAUUUUAUUUUCUUCAUUUUUGCGCGACGUGCUAUCUAUUACUGAACGAAACAAGAAUAAA